UCAGGAAAAUGGAUGUCUUUCAAUGAAAUUUAACAGAAGCACCUUUCAAACAGCAUAUAUUACGCUUAUGAAGAAAUUUGUGCGGAAAAUGACUUUGGAGAGACAUAAAAGAAUCAAUCAAAAAUCCAGGAAUUCGAUCAAAAUAUCUGCAACAAUAUCUUGCAAGAUAUUUAUUUAUAACUUCUCAACAUGAAGAAAGUCUAUGGCACAAGUUCUUCACGGAGGCAGCCAAGUUAUACCUUCCUCUCUCGAAUCAUUGCCGUCAAAUAAUUACCAACCAAGUCGAAGAAUAUCACAUCAUGUUGACGUAAAAGGAAUUUCUUCAUUCAGACGUGCCUCUGAUGUUUUUUAUCGACUUUCCUUGACUGAACGAAGACCAUAUAUUUAUAAGAAGCAUUCAGCAAUACAUCAAACUUUUUCUAUAAAUUAGAUCUUCAACAAAUGAUGGGGAAACAGUUCUUCUGCACAUUGUAUUUCACAGCAACAUUUUUUUUGUCUUCACAGUUUGGAAUGUAGAGGACAAUAUCAAUUAACAGAUUAAAUAACAUUGGAUAACUUUACAAAGGAUUUCACAGUUUACAUCUUCUAUUUUAGACAUUAAUUAAGAUCACAAGUGAAAGAAACAUAACGUUAAAUUAUUCUCUGAAAAUAGUGACACAACUAAAUACAAACAUCCAUAGAAUUUGAAAAAACACUAUCAUUUUGGUAUUUAUGACAAAUUAUUCUCUCAUAAUGAAUAAUUUAACUGAACCAAAAGACCCUGAUACAGGAGAGAAGCCAUAUCAUUGUGAUAUCUGUGGUAAGUCAUUCAAUAAAGAAAGAGUCUUAACUAAACACAAAUACAUUCAUACAAGAGAAAAGCCAUAUCACUGUGAUAUCUGUGGUAAACCAUUCUUUCAAAAUGGUAAUUUAACUAUUCACAAACGUAUUCAUACUGGGGAAAAACCAUACCACUGUGAUAUCUGUGGUAAAUCAUUUUCUGAAAGUGGCACUUUAACUCGUCACAAACGUAUUCAUACUGGGGAAAAACCAUAUCAAUGUGAUAUCUGUGGUAAAUCAUUUAUUCAAAGUGGUGACUUGCCUAAACACAAACGUACACAUACAGGUGAGAAGCCAUUUUAUUGUGAUAUCUGUGGUAGAUCAUUCUCUGGAAGUGGUGAUGUGACAAAACACAAACGUAUUCAUACAGGAGAGAAGCCAUAUCAUUGUGAUAUCUGUGGUAAAUCAUUCUCUAUGAGUGUUGCCUUAACUGAACACAGGCGUACACAUAAAGAAGAGAAGCCAUAUCAUUGUGAUAUUUGUGGGAAAUCAUUCUCUCAAAGUGGUGCCAGGACUAUACACAAACGUACACAUCCAGGAGAGAAGCCAUAUCAUUGUGACAUUUGUGGUAAAUCAUUCUCUCAAAGUUAUACCUUGAGAAGACACGAACUUACACAUACAGGAGAGAAGCCAUAUCAUUGUGAUAUUUGUGGUAAAUCAUACUCUUCAAGUAGUCAUUUGACUUGUCACAGACGUACACACACAGGAGAGAAGCCAUAUCAUUGUGAUAUCUGUGGUAAAUCAUGCUCUCAAAGAAGUGACUUAACUGAACACAAACGUACACACACAGGAGAGAAGCCAUAUCAUUGUGAUAUCUGUGGUAAAUCAUUCUCUUAUAAUAGUCAGUUGCCUAUUCACAAACGUCUUCAUACAGGAGAGAAGCCAUAUCAUUGUGAUAUCUGUGGUAAAUCAUUCCUUCAAAAUAGUGGCUUAACUAGACACAAACUUAUGCAUACAGGAGAGAAGCCAUAUUAUUGUGAUAUCUGUGGUAAAUCAUUCUCUGAAAGUAGUAACUUAAGUAAACACGAACGUACACACACAGGAGAGAAGCCAUAUCAUUGUGAUAUCUGUGGUAACUCAUACUCUACACAUGGUCAGUUGACUAUUCACGAACGUGUUCAUCCAGGAGAGAAGCCAUAUCAGUGUGAUAUCUGUGGUAAAUCAUUCGCUCAAAAAGGUCACUUAAAUAGACAUUUGACUAUUCAUACAGGUGUAACAGAAUCAAUAUAAAAAUUUAUUACAACAUAGCAACAAUUAUGAAUAUUUUGUCUGCUAAAAGACAGGCUUUAUUUCAUGAACGUCAACAUGAAAUUCAUGAAUAUCAACUUUAGUAUCAUGUAUAUAUCCAAAUAUAUCAACACAGCAAUGACUUGGAUUUUUGAAGAGGAUUGUGCUGGACUUUUGAGGAAUUUGUUGGGAGAGAAGAAAAGAAUGGGAAUAAUGAAUAAAAAUUUUAAGUGACAUUGA